CGGUUACCGUGUAAGUUUACAUUUCAAGAUGGCGGACACAUUUACCAUAACAAACUUUUGAUGUUGUUUUACUCUAAAAUAUAGCCUAGUAUCUAGAAAUCUGCUGCAGAAACUUAUCAAACAUGCUUUCUAARCGCUCACAGUCAUCUGAACUUGCCGGAUUAGUCACUAGUGCUGUUCAAAAACUGCAAAUUUUGGAUGAAUCUAUCAAAGACAAAAAGCGAGAUGAAGAACAAGGCGACUUAAAAUUAAGUGUAAAACAGAUUAUACAAGCUGUAAAGGAAUUGGAGGCAGAGAGGCUAAGGCUGCAUGAAUUGCUGGAAACUGAAACUAUUAAAGCAAGCGUGCUGCGCUAUAAACUACAGUACAUGCCUGGUGAUAUACGAGCUGAAAAGNAAAGCCCUUGUGAUGAUACUAAAUGCCCCUACAUCUCCUCUUUCUACCCCACUAUUUCUYUCCAUUGGCAUAGCAAGGUCUUGACCAAAUGGGGCAAUCUACCAUUUUUCCUGGGAUGCAGUUGCUCCUCACUUGCUAUGCCUCUUUUUUCCUCCUGUGUUUUGAUUGCUUUUGUUUUCUGGUUUUCCUGCCAGCCAGUUCGGGAUGAUAUGCAGACAGGCCAUGACGAAAUCAUUGCUCUACUCAACCAGAAGAUGGCUGACAAGGCCAGCAAGCAGAUCACCUUGAAUGAAACCAGAGACAAGCUAAGAGAAACGUACAAAAGGAUCAUUGACCUAGAGGAUUCCAUAGUCCAGCUAAAAGAAGAUCUAGUACACGAAAGAGAAGAGGCAGCACUGGAAAAAGACAAACUAAGACAGUCUGUGGCUGAUACCCAGAAAAAAGUAGAGGAACAGAGAGAAACAAAUGCUACAGUAAGAAAGGAGAUWGAGAAGCUACAAGAAGAGCUGGUUGAUAGUGAAUCUGCUUUAGAUUCAMGGCGAAAAAUGAUCAGACAACUGGAGACUUCACGAUCAAAAUUGGAAGCAAUAGAAGUUCAACUCAAUCGUCAGCUACAGAAAGAGAUACGUGACAAUUCACAACUCACCCAAGAAGGGAUGAAGAUUGUUAAAGAACAAAAUGACCUGGCAGAAAAUCUGGGAUCUCAAAAAGAUGAGUUGACUGAAGAAGUGAAUGAGAUUUUUACCAAGGUUGAUACCCUACAGCAAGAAGAGACCAGCUUGAAUACUGAGAAAACUAUGUUAACAGAAGUUCUCCAAGAUUCAACAAAGGAGAAAGAUAAGCAAUCUGAAGUAGCAAGAGAAGAAGAACGAAAGUUACUUCGGGCAAAAGAAGCUCUAUCGCAGCAGAAUGCAGAGUGUGCCAGGAUCAAACGAGAAAACCUGGACCUAGAACAAGAAGUGGAGCAGCUUAAAGAAAGCCAUGAAGCAACAGUUGAGACAUUUAACAAACAAAUAGAAGACUCAAGAGCAGCUUUGAAUGCAGAACGAAAAGACAGGCAAAUUCUMCAAACGAAGAGGGAUAACGUUACUAAAGAAUCCAAUGAACUUAAAUCAGACUACGGCAAGUACAUGGCGUCCAUGUCGAAAAAGGUUUCUGAAGGCAAAGGAGAACAUGCGAGACUAACUAACUAUGGCACACAGCUCCAGAAGGAUCUGAAACAAGACGAGAUCGAUAUCAUUGAUAAACAGAAGCAGCUGAAGAAAGCAAAACAGGAUUACACCAUCCUGCAGAAAAAACUGAAAAGUGAACUGAAAACAUUACAGGAGAGCAUCAGUAGACUGGAUAAAGAUAAAGAAAGAAAGAAAGAAAUAAUCGACGAUAAAACGCCGGUUUUCAAGGAUUUGGAAACACAGUUCAGAGAAGCUACAGAAGCCUAUGACAAGACAAAGAAAAACAUUGUUGAUCUUAAAAACAAGAAGGCAAGUUUAGAAACAUCAGUAGGUCGAGCGGAAAAAGAAGUGGAAAAAAUGGCCACACCACAGACUCGUUUGCGACAGCAGCUCAGAACUAGUCGCACAGAAGCUUUAGAACAGCUGAAGAAUCAUUCCAAAGACAUCCAGGGAAUCGAGAAAGAAAUCUUCACAUCAGGGCAGAAACUUGGCGCUAUACUGAAAGAAAACCAUAGACUAAAGCAGGCGAUCAAGAAACUAGAGCUUGAGAUCAAGACUAUUGACUGGCAUGUAGGCGCUAAUGUAGCUACUAAAGAAGGCCUUGAAAAACAACUUGUUAAAUACAGAACGUACUUACAUGAGGGCUGGAGCGAAGAUCUCAAACUCGAUGAGGAAUACGCAAAGCGAGACCUCAAAAUACUAGACAACAUUCAGUUGUUGCAGAACGAAACGCAAACAAGAGAAGGAAGAAUCGAAGGAAUUCAUUCUCAGUUAGAAGAACAGUUGGUGGUAUUAGCUCAUUUCAUGGAUGGAAUAGCCAGCUUACGACCCAAAGACACGGCACAGUCCGAAAAAAGAAAAAGCAGAGCUGAAGGACACAAAGAAGCUGGUGAUGCUACGCGUCACGAUGUGUCACGUAAGACACCUCGAACAUCACGCGAGAAAKUAGCGAAAGACGACACUGAAGCGAGCCCACAAGACGACAAAAAGCAAUCAGAAAAUAGCUGAAACUAARACUGUGGCGAAUUUUUAUGUAAAAAUAUUUAUAAAAGGUGUAAAUUUUAAGAUGACAUAAUCGCAAAAAAGAAUUAAUAAAUGAAUAUUUUUAUUAUA